CUCUGGAGUAUCAGUAUGCAAAGGUGAAUUCUUCAGAACUUAUACGAAAAUGGAUGGUUCUUGUUAAAGAGAGUCCUCACUACACCACCGCUCGUGGGCCCGCUGGCACUGCUUUUUCAAGAUAAAAAAAUGUCGUCGUCGAAUAAUCGCAUUAACGAUCAAACCCUGGCUUCUCCUGCUGUGCCUGCUUCUCCUUCAGCCGUAGGACGACAGGGAGAAGCGUGUGGCGUGGCACCAGACUUACGGUGACACUGAAGAUUGAGACCGCACCACGAAAAGGUGAAUUCCGACCUGUUCUUGCAUGAUUAACUCUUUUCAGGGCAUAAAAAGUAAAUACUAGGUCUAAGGAGCAAGACCAAGAGAAACUACAAGGGUCGACAUUCCCUUUGCUAAGCGUUCAACAUCUCAAUCAGAAGAAGUGCCAGUGGCAGUAUUCAUGAUAAGAAAAGGCGCAGGGAGGAGAAGAUGAUUCAUCUUAUGCUCUCCUAUUAAGACAACCAAGGGACCAUCCUCAGCAUCAUCAUCCUUGGCGAUCUUUCUCAAAGGAAGAACGUUACCAAGGAGGAGUCUCUCUCUGAUCCUUUUUCUGAUCCUGGCUCUCUUUCUCCGCCAAGGAGAAUGCUACCAAGGAUGCGACUGCGGAGCUAGCUCUAAUUUUGUGUAAAUUGAAAGCGAAGCAGAGCCUCGCGAACGAUCUGCGGGUAGACCGAGUCGAGUUUCUGGCCUCAAACUUUCGUGCGAAGCUGAGUACAAAGAUUAGAGAAGCUACAACUUCUAACAGGAACCACACCUCGUCCUCGUCUAGUGCCUCUACGACUUCUUGUAUCUUCCCUACGAAUUUGUCCGCACUAGGCCAGGUACAACAAGGGACAAGAGCAUCUGGAGGCUCAGUCUCUACAACGUCAGCAGCUUCAACAUCAUCCUCGACUGCACUACAUCAAGGUGCUUCACUUUCAUCACCCGCGUCGACGGGAGGAAACAAGAACCACCAGAUAUUGAUAGAUAGGGACCACAACCAGUCAGGGGCGGCAAAGAACCUCUUACUUCCCGCAUAUGACAUCCAGAGACAAAACGUGAACCACAUCAAGCUCCCAAGCCUAGACUUCAGAGAUGUGUCAAGCCUGGACUUCAAGGAUGGAGACGCGCUUCUAUUGAGUGCAGCCAGAGCGACUCUGGCACGUGUUGGGAAAGAAAGAGGAAAAGAUGAAGAACGAAGAAAAGAUGAAGAGCAAGGCUUUUCUUCAUCCUCAAAUUUAUUGUUAAGGCUCAAAACAAUUCAUUUCUGCAAGCCAUUUCUUGCAGUUUCGUUCUUGGGAUUGUUCUGAAGAAAUGCAGGCAAGAAAUUCAAUGUUUUGAGCUCUAAUAUUGAGAGAGAAAAAAAGUAAGAAGAAGCGAACGCGGGGAACAAGAAGCGAAUCCGAUACAUCUGUUACUGUUGUAUCAAGUUCAGCAAAGGCUUCUUCAUCUGGCAGUUCAGCUUUUGGAGCUGUAACUAAGAGUGCAGAAGAUCUUCAUCCUGAUCCCCCAAAAAUAGAAACAGCAAGCUCAACAAGAGCAUCAUCUUCAACCGCUUCUACUAUUGCAGAUGCAGCUUGUGAUCCCAUAAUAGGAAAUAAAUCCGGCCCACCAGGUCAUGGAGGUGGACCUAUGUUUACUACCACAUCAUCAUUAUCUUCAAGAAUAUUCACAUCGACUGCAACAUCUUCUACUACAACAUCUACAGUCCUCGCGAAUCCAGAUGGAAUGACAUCCGAACAAGUACCUUCUUUCGGUCGUCAGUCCAGUUUUCCCCGACCAGCCUUGACCGAAGAAGAGCAGAGGGCUGCCUUACUUAAGGGUUUCCGAAUUACAUCCCGCACUAGUCCCGUCCUUGGCGGGCUCUUUUCGUGGUAGUGGUUACUAUUAGAAAAGAAGCGAGGAAAACGAAAAGAAAAGUAGUCUGGGGAAUGUAAUGCCGUAGCCAGCUCUAACUUAUACAAGCGAGAACUGGCGAAAAAGCGUAUGGAAUCACAUCAAAAACGUAUAGAGGGCUUGAGAAGUCGCGUUUCAAGUCUCGCAGCCGAAGCAGAAGUGAAAAAAUCAUGCGCUUCACAACACCAUCCAACGACAGCAUUACUGGGAUCGAGCAUGCUGGUGCCGUGGUUAAGAAUGCGAAUGGGGACUUAGAUACUCUUUUUCUAUAAGUACAAGUAGAAGUACCAGUACGUUAGUACUACAACUCAAACCUUAGUAAGUAAGUAUCAUUAAGUAGUACAACAGCUACAAGUACAACUGCAACUCAACCCCUCCGCUUAAGGGUGUUUUUCCCUUGUCUAGACGACAAUACUCGUAAGUAGAACUCAAGUGACUUGAGUCGAGUUCUCACCCUCGGACUUGAUUUGAAUACUCAGACUCAAAAACUUAAACUGCUGUUUACUCAUGGCGUGUUCCCUGUAGUUGGUAAAUCAAAAUAAUCCAAGAAGUUCAACAUUUUCUUUUAUUUCCACUCCGCAUGUUGUUGUCCUUGAAGAUCAUGGUCCUCGUCCUACCUGACCUCUCUCCAAUCCGUGUCCUUGAUUGAUCACCUCCAAGCACCUGACCUCUCUCCAAUGUCCGAGUCUGAGAUUCGUAGAGAGCUGGAGGCCGUUAAAUCCGCAAGCAAGGACGUCCGACAGACCUUCUUUCGGAAGAUGAUGCUGAAGUUAAGGCUUGUUUUUCACUAUCCCACGUCGACUAUGGACUCCGACACUUCUCUACUACGUCCUGCCCCCUAACAAGGUAGGUUUGCUGAGUAUGUAUUUAAAGAAGUGCUUCUUCUUGCUUGAAAGGGGAAACCAUAUUAACUAGAAGUGGAAAUAGAGGGCAACUCACUCAAGAACAACGGAUAGUGAAAAACUAGCGUUAAGGAAAUACCAUCCAGACAAGCAACAGCAGCAAGAGGAUGAUGCUAGGGGCUUAGGGGGUAGGGAUUCGAAGAAAAUGUUUCAAUACCUGAUGGAACAGCAGAAGUGGUUUCUAGGGUAAGAGUGGUUUCAAAAAAAAAGAAAUUAUCAGUGCAUUUUUUUGAUGUUAAUGCUUCCGGUCCCGGUCCGCAUAAGGAAGCGAGAAUGUCUUGCAGCUGUAAUCAGUUACACCAGCUGGCUACUCCUAUAGAAUUGCAACGGCCAAAAGAAAAAGGUAUGAAAGACAAGGAUGUUUUCAACCUCACACUCAGAGAGGACGAGCUAAAGCUCUUUUUCUACCACGUGCUGGCCAGGAGACAUAACAU